GCAACUCAUCACGUCACAUCAAGCAUGGCGGUCAAGGUACAGUCGACCAAAAGAGCUGAUCCCCACGAACUGAAGGCCGUCUUCCUCGAGUACGCCAGCGUGACAGACAAGGAUGGAGAGCGUUACAUGACCCCUGCUGACUUUGUGCAGAAGUUUCUGGGCUUGCACACGCAGCCUCACCACAAUGCAAAAACUGUGCAGCUGCUUGCUGGUGUGGCUGACACCACCAAAGAUGGGCUGAUCUCUUUCCCAGAGUUCCUGGCAUUUGAGUCCGUUCUGUGUGUCCCUGAUGCUCUUUUCAUCGUAGCCUUUCAGUUGUUUGACAAGACUGGCACAGGGGACAUCUCAUUUGAAAAUGUCAGGGACAUCUUCAGCCAGACAACAGUGCACCACCAUAUUCCUUUCAAUUGGGACUGCGAGUUCAUCCGGCUGCACUUUGGCCACGAUCGAAAGAAGCAUCUCAGUUACCUGGAGUUCACUCAGUUUCUUCAGGAGCUGCAGCUGGAGCAUGCUCGGCAGGCCUUUGCACAGAAAGACAAGAGCAAGAGCGGCACCAUCCCAGCCCUGGACUUCAGUGACAUCAUGGUCACCAUCCGUCACCACAUGCUCACUCCUUUUGUCGAAGAGAAUUUGGUUUCGGCUGUAGGUGGAGGCACAUCCCACCUGGUGAGCUUCUCUUACUUCAACGCCUUCAACUCGCUCCUCAACAACAUGGAACUCAUCCGCAAGAUCUACAGCACUCUGGCUGGCUCGCGGAAGGACACACUCGUCACCAAAGAGGAGUUUGUCCAUGCCGCUAACAAGUUUGGCCAGAUCACACCGAUGGAGAUUGAUAUCCUCUACCAGCUAUCCAGUCUCCACUCUCCUUCAGGGCGAUUGAACCUGGCGGACAUUGAGAGAAUAGCGCCGUUGGAGGAGGGGUCGCUGCCAUACCACUUGGCCGAAGUCCAGCGACAGCAGGCAUAUGGGGACGUGAGCCGACCCAUCUGGCUCCAGGCAGCCGAGUCUGCAUACAGGUUCACCCUGGGCUCCAUUGCCGGAGCCACGGGUGCAACAGCUGUGUACCCCAUUGACCUGGUGAAGACGCGCAUGCAAAACCAGCGCUCCACGGGCUCCUUUGUGGGUGAGCUCAUGUACAAGAACAGCUUUGACUGCGCCAAGAAAGUGCUACGCUACGAGGGAGUCUUCGGCUUCUACAGAGGUCUUUUACCACAACUUAUUGGAGUUGCUCCAGAGAAAGCUAUCAAACUCACGGUUAAUGACUUUGUCAGAGACAAAUUCACCAGAAAAGACAAUACCAUACCAGUGCUUGCCGAAGUGCUGGCUGGCGGAUGUGCUGGAGGUUCCCAGGUCAUCUUCACCAACCCCUUGGAGAUUGUGAAGAUCCGGCUACAGGUGGCGGGGGAGAUCACCACUGGGCCCCGGGUCAGCGCCCUCAAUGUGGUGCGGGAUCUGGGCUUUUUUGGGCUCUACAAGGGGGCAAAGGCCUGCUUCCUGCGUGACAUCCCCUUCUCGGCCAUCUACUUCCCGGUGUAUGCCCACACCAAGGCAGAGCUGGCUGAUGACCAGGGCCGGUUGGGACCGCUGCAGCUACUGACCGCUGGAGCCAUCGCAGGUGUACCUGCUGCCUCCCUGGUAACCCCUGCUGAUGUCAUCAAGACGAGACUCCAGGUGGCAGCCCGCGCCGGGCAGACAACCUACAGCGGAGUCAUCGACUGCUUCAGGAAGAUUAUGCGUGAGGAAGGCUUCCGAGCCCUGUGGAAAGGAGCGGGAGCCCGUGUCUUUAGGUCCUCGCCUCAGUUUGGCGUCACUCUGGUGACCUAUGAACUACUCCAGAGAUGGUUCUACGUUGAUUUUGGAGGACACCGCCCCGCAGGAUCGGAGCCCACCCCCAAGUCUCGAAUCUCCGAGCUGCCGCCAGUUAACCCAGACCACCUGGGGGGCUACACGCUGGCCGCUGCCACAUUUGCAGGAGUGGAGAACAAGUUUGGAUUGCAUCUGCCCAAGUUCAAGUCCUCUGGUGUGCUGACAAUCCAGUCGACUGCAGGCAAGGAGGGGUCCCACGGCUCGUAGAGCUGCUGCGAGUGACAGGCUGACUCCUCAUGGCUGUUUGCUCCCAGCACCCAAUGUCCCCAAGAUUCCUUAAUGUGAUUCCCCCCCCAC